AUGGCGGAUUUGGUAGCUGAGCAACGGCGGGUUAAAACCUCCAAGGCCCACCUUCUCGGACAAGUACAGCAGUCGACAAUAGCUCCAAGCUACUAUUAUCUUUGUCCAGGUGCUUUCAACGUCGUCGGCUUCGCGUACGGAAAGGCCGAGAGCACAGCCCCUCGAGAAGGCAAAGUAAAAGUGAAACGUUUCCGUAGUGGACGCUGGGUGGAUGAGAAGGAACAAGUGGUCGAGCUGCAUCAGGACGAGCCCACUGUGCGAAUCGUGUCUGCGGAGGAAGCGCUGCACGGGGCGGGCACGUUCGUAGAAAGUGUGAUCUGCACCGCAAAGUUCAAAGUUUGA